ACAUUUCUGAUACUUUGUUUAAAUUCAUGAAGGAAUGGGGUAUCAAGAACAAAAUAUUUACCAUAUCCGUGGAUAAUGCCUCAAAUAAUGAUUUGGCUAUCAAACUCUUGAAGGAAACUUUCUUGAAAAGUAAGAGGUUGCUUUUAGGGGGAGCAUUGUUUCAUGUAAGGUGUGCUGCCCAUAUUCUGAAUCUUAUUGUGCAAGAUGGUCUUCAUAAGUUUGAGUACAUUAUUGAGGAUGUGAAAGAAAGUGUUCGAUACAUCAAUGCAUCUGAAGCGCGCCUUAAAAAAUUUGCAGAAAUUUUACAGCAAAUGCAAAUACGUGUUAGGAAGCUUAUUAUUGAUUGUCCCACUUGUUGGAAUUCAACUUAUGACAUAUUGGUGGCAGCAAUGAAGGUCAAGGAUGCUUUUCCAAUAUUUGCUCAACGUGAAGUAAGGUUUUUGAAUUGUCCAACUCCGGAUGAUUGGAUAAAAGUUGAGAAAGUUCUCAAAAUAUUGGAAGUAUUUUACGAGGCCACACAUAUUAUAUCAGGAAGUGAAUAUCCCACUUCUAAUAAAUUUCUUGCUGUGAUUUGGAGGGUAAAAGAAGUAUUGAACGAGGGUGCAAUUGCUAGUGAUGAUUUUAUUCAAGAAACGGUUACACCAAUGAAAGAAAAGUUUGACAAAUAUUGGGGAGAAUGUAAUUUAUUGAUGGCGAUUGCAGCUGUUUUGGAUCCGAGAUUCAAAAUGAAGCUAAUUGAAUUUUCUUUUCCAUUGAUAUAUCAAAGAGAAGAGGUUGAUGCUAAUCUUGCCAAAGUGAAGAAGAAAUUGAAUGAGCUUUAUUGUGAAUACAAAGCAAUGGUGCAAUCUGAUCAAACUUCUCACUCUAUGACUGAUCAACAUCCUAGUGCUUCUGGUUCUAGUGGCUCUUUAGGUGGAUCAAGUUCAAAUGUAAGCACACAACUUUCAGGUUUGUCAAGAUUUAACCAAUUCAUUAAAUCAGCAGAGACAAUUCAGCCAAUUAAGUCAGAAUUGGAUGUUUACUUGGAGGAUGGAGUCUAUAUAAUUGAUGAAAAUGCAGCUGCUCAUUAUGAUGCCUUAGGUUGGUGGAAGGCUAAUGAGUUGAAGUAUCGAGUGUUAUCAAAAAUGGCAAUUGAUAUACUGGCCAUCCCUAUGAGUACAGUGGCAUCUGAAUCAACAUUUAGUACUAGUGGAAGAGUUCUUGAUCCUUAUCAUUCCAAAUUAUCUGUUGAGACAAUGCAAGUUUUGAUUUGUGGUGGAGAUUGGGUGUGACAACUUCACGGCCUUAAAAAGAAGUCUAAAAUGGAUGAAAGCGAAAUUGUAGAGGUUGUAGUGCCCACUACUAGCUGACAGAUGAAAGAAGGGUUUGGUCUACUAAGGAGUACCUUCAUAAAGGCAAAUAUUAGAGAUGAACAAUUGGCAUGUAUCCUCAAUAGGAAGUUUUGGUUUAAUGUGUCCCUUAUUGAUUCAGUUUUGUAAGAUUAUGUUUGGUGCACGUCUGCACUGGAGUACUUGAUAAUGGGAUUUGCUUCUUUUUUUUUAUGACGAAACUAUGGGAUCUGAUUAUGUUGUAUUGCUGGUAGCAAUUUGCUGCUAGGUAUGAGAUUAUUUUUGCUUGUUGAUUCCUAGAAGUCAGCAUUUUAAUGUAAUUUUUGUGAGAUUAUGUUUUAUUAGGGUUUAUGGGAUGGUUAAAUGCUUGCGAUAACA